GUCUCUGUGACCUCCAGCAGUGUCUGUCUGGAUAAUGGUGAACUUCCGUAGGUGUUCUUAUGUGUGUGGAUCAUAGCAGAGACAUUUUAUCUCAUGACUGCAGGUAAGAGACACAGACUCAUAGGUCUACAUUUGUGGAAGGAUGGAUGGUGGCUUUGAAGACCUUGAGCUAAGAGAAGCUCAGAGAGAAUAUCUGGACUUUCUGGAUGAUGAUCAAGACCAGGGUGUGUAUCAUGAGAAGGUCAGAAAUAUGGUGUCUGAAGGCCAGUCUCGCCUCAUUAUCAACAUCAAUGACCUGCGACGAAGGAAUGAAAAACGAGCUAAAGAACUGCUGACGAAUGCCUUCAGUGAGCUGGUGGCAUUCCAAAGAGCUCUAAAAGAUCUGGUAGCCUCUAUUGAUGCAACCUAUGCCAAACAGUUUGAUGAGUUUCAUGUUGGUUUUGAGGGAAGCUUUGGGAAUAAACAUGUGUCCCCUCGUACUCUCAGUGCACGCUUUCUGGGCAAUCUUGUCUGCGUUGAGGGCAUUGUGACCAAGUGCUCAUUGGUGAGGCCAAAAAUCAUGCGCAGUGUACACUACUGUCCUGCUACGAAGAAAUCUCUGGAGAGGAAAUACACUGAUCUCACGUCACUAGAUGCUUUUCCGUCUAGUGCUGUCUAUCCCACCAAGGAUGAAGAAAAUAAUCCAUUAGAAACAGAGUUUGGACUGUGCUGCUAUAAGGAUCACCAGACUCUGACCAUUCAGGAGAUGCCUGAGAAGGCUCCCGCUGGUCAGCUGCCCCGCUCAGUUGACAUCAUUGCUAAUGAUGACCUUGUAGACAAGGUGAAGCCAGGAGACCGUGUGCAGCUGGUUGGAGUGUACCGCUGUUUACCUGCCAAGCAAGGGGGCUUCACAUCAGGAACCUUUAGGACUAUCCUGCUGACCAACAAUGUAAAACUGAUGAGCAAGGAAAUUGUUCCCACGUUUUCUGCUGACGAUGUGGCUAAGAUCAAGAAAUUCUGCAAAACACAUUCUAAAGAUGUCUUUGAGCACCUGAGCCGAUCACUGGCCCCCAGUAUUCAUGGGCACGAGUACAUAAAGAAGGCCAUUCUCUGUCUUCUGCUGGGAGGCAAUGAGACCAACCUGGAGAAUGGCACUCGCAUCAGAGGAGACAUCAACAUUCUGCUCAUAGGUGACCCAUCAGUGGCCAAAUCUCAGUUGCUGAGGUAUGUUCUGUUCACAGCACCGAGGGCCAUCCCCACCACUGGACGUGGUUCGUCUGGGGUGGGACUUACUGCUGCGGUCACCACUGACCAAGAGACAGGUGAGCGCAGAUUGGAGGCAGGGGCCAUGGUGCUUGCUGACAGAGGGGUGGUGUGUAUUGACGAGUUUGACAAGAUGUCUGACAUGGAUCGUACAGCCAUCCAUGAGGUGAUGGAGCAGGGUAGAGUAACCAUUGCUAAAGCUGGGAUUCAGGCCAGGCUGAACGCUCGCUGCAGCGUCUUAGCUGCUGCUAACCCAGUUUAUGGAAGGUAUGACCAGUAUAAGACGCCAAUGGAAAACAUCGGUCUACAAGAUUCCCUGCUCUCCCGAUUUGAUCUGCUUUUCAUUGUUUUGGAUCAGAUGGAUCCAGACUGUGAUCGGGAGAUUUCGGAACAUGUGUUGCGCAUGCACCGAUACAGACCCCCAGGAGAGCAGGAGGGAACAGCAAUGCCUCUGGGCAGCACUGUGGAUAUAUUUGCCACAGAAGAUCCGAACAUCACUGAGGCAGCAGAACAGGAAUUGCAGAUUUAUGAGAAAAAAGACAAUGUCCUCCAUGGCCACAGGAAGCAAAAGGAAAAGGUUGUCACUAUGGAGUUCAUCAGAAAAUACAUCCAUGUGGCAAAGCUAGUGAAACCAGUUCUGACCCAGGAGGCUUCAGACUACAUUGCAGAAGAGUAUUCAAAACUCCGAAGUCAUGACCAGGUCAACAGCGACUCAGCAAGGACAAUGCCUGUGACCGCCCGUGCUCUAGAGACUAUGAUCAGAUUAGCCACAGCCCACGCUAAAGCCCGCAUGAGUAAAACCAUCGACUUGAGGGAUGCAGAGACUGCUCUGGAGCUCAUGCAGUUUGCCUAUUUCAAAAAGAUUUUAGAGAAGACCAAGAAGAGAAAGCUCUCUGAUGAAAAUGUGGAUUCUCAAAUGGAUAGUACUCAGAGUGAGGAGACUCAAAGCCAGAGAAGUGUCAGAAAACGUUCCCGUGUGUCUAAAGACAUGGACGACACAGAUACAACAAUGGCUGAAGACUCUGAAGACCCAUAUGAUUUUACAGAGAGCCAAGACUCUCAACUCAGUCAGAAAAUCAGGCCUGCAUCUCAGCGGAGCAGCCAGAAGAAAAAAGCUGACAUCAGUCAGGACAGAAUGAAGGUCUUUAAAGCUGCACUGCUGAAAGCGUUUAAAGUGACCAGGUCUCAGUCUGUGGCGGUCCCAGAGCUCCUCACUCACAUUAACAAAAGCCAGCCUGAGGAGUUCGACCAGCAGGAGAUAAACCUUCUGCUGGAGCGCAUGCAGGACGACAAUCAGGUCAUGGUUUCUGAGGAUGUGGUCUUUCUUAUUUGAUGGAGAAAGAAUUAUGAAAGACACUUGUGUUGCUCUUGUAUUUGUAGGGUUGUCGUGUGCUCUGGUCUAUUGUCUUUUGUAUUCGUGUUUGUCAUCUUGUUGGUCACUAAUUAAUUAAUAAACAGCUUAAGCACUCAUAAUUUGA